AUGUUACUCCGACAAGCUCUUAGAUUUCGACUACGUCCUCGUCCCCUCCUUCGCCCCUUACCCAGACCAAGAGCUCGUCUGUUCAUUCCUCCAAGAGUACCAUCGAGACACUCUCAUGUCAGAGCUAUAUCCUUUUCAUCGGUACCCCGAGUCGUGGCUCGAGCGUUCCGAGUACCACUGUACGGAGCUGCUAUUGGUGCGGGUGCUUUAGGUUAUGCAAAUUACAAAUUGGAGGGUGUGAGAGCCGCAACGUCUGAAAUGUUAGGUAACAUCUCAGACAGCGUAUCAUCCGUUUAUGCCAAUACAACCUCCGCCCUUCAAUCUGGUCUUCUGACCGCAGAAUCGAUCGGGAACGCCUUAUCGUCCAAACUCGCAGAUCGAGUGGCUGAAACACAAGAUUCCAUCGGCGCUUUCGAAAGAGGAAGUAAGGAAUGGUGGGAAGCUGUCAAAGCGAACUUUUCACAAGAGUCUGAUAUUCCUCCACCUAGCGGAGGGAAUGGCGGUGGAAAAAGAGAAGAUUGGAGACCUGGUGAAGGACCAGGAGAACCUUCCCCUAGUGGUGAUGAAGUUUUACUUGGACUAGUGGGAGCUGCCGCAUUGUCAUCUGAAAGGUCUAAGAAUGAGGAUGAGAUGCCUGCACCUCCUGCACAAGGAGAGGAACACAAUCUACUACAACUCACAAAAAAGUUGAUAGAGAUUAGAUCGGUUUUGCUCAGCGUGGAUCAGAGCGAUGCUCUCAAACUCCCUUCAAUCGUCGUCAUCGGUUCUCAAAGUUCAGGCAAGAGUAGCGUCCUCGAAGCUAUCGUGGGACACGAAUUCCUUCCAAAGGGUGAUAAUAUGGUAACUCGUCGACCUAUCGAAUUGACCUUGGUACAUAAAUCCUCCAAUGCUGCGAGUUCAUCUUCCACUCCUGAAGAAUAUGGAGUCUUUCCAUCCAUGCCUCAUCUAGGAAAAAUCACUUCAUUUGCCACCAUCCAACGUACUCUCACAGAAUUGAACCUCGCUGUACCUCCUGAACAAGCUGUGUCAGAUGAUCCUAUACAAUUACAAAUCUCAUCACCCAAUGUCCCUGAUCUCACUCUUAUCGAUUUACCAGGAUACAUACAGCUUUCGUCUAUGGAUCAACCAGAACAACUCAAGACGAAGAUCUCAGCAUUGUGCGAGAAAUACAUCCGGGAGCCUAAUAUCAUCUUAGCUGUUUGCGCGGCCGAUGUGGAUUUAGCGAAUUCUCCCGCUUUGCGAGCGAGCAGGAGAGUGGAUCCAUUAGGGACGAGGACCAUCGGAGUGGUUACUAAAAUGGACUUGGUCAAGCCGGAAAUAGGAGCCCAGAUCAUAUCUGGUGAUAGAUAUCCUUUGCAUCUGGGAUAUGUAGGAGUGGUGUGCAAAGCCCCUCCCACGUCUGGGGUGCUCAAGAGUAUCAUGGGAGAAAAGGAGAAUCUGACUCAGGCAGCGGUAAAAAGAGAAGAGGAGUUCUUCGGAGAGAAUGCGAAGUAUUUUGGAGGAAAGGGGAGAUUAGGAGGGGAGAAGAGAUUAUUGGUCGGAACGCACACAUUGAGGAGAAGAUUGAUGGAUGUGUUGGAAUCGAGUAUGUCUGCGAGUCUUCAUGGAAUUACAAAUGCUGUUCAGCUAGAACUGGAAGAAGCGGCCUAUCAAUUCAAAGUUCAAUACAACGAUCGACGGAUAACAUCCGAAUCAUACGUCGCCGAAACUGUGGACGCCUUGAAAGCUCGCUUCAAAGAUUACACAUCUCAAUUCUCUAAACCCGCUGUCCGUUCUAAACUCAAAGCCAUGCUCGAUGACCGUCUAAUGGACAUCUUGGAACAACUUUAUUGGACCGAUUCCCGUACUCCCGAACUUACCAAACUGGCAGAUGAUCGUCGCAUCUCACCAGAAGACUUAGACUCAUAUUGGAAAUACAAACUUGAAACUGCUUCUUCUCUCCUCACGAAAUCUGGCAUAGGUCGUGAUUCCACAGCUCUUGUGGCUGACGGACUCCGUGGUUUGAUCGACAGUAUAGCCACUGGUGAACCUUUCACAUUUCACCCAGGAGCGGCGGAACGUAUCGUAGAAUUCAGUCAUGCCAUCUUACGCGAGAGGAUGGGUUUGACGGCUGAUCAAGUGGAAAAUUGCAUAAAGCCGUACAAGUAUGAGAUUGAGAUGGACGAUAGGGAAUGGGCUUCUGGAAGAGAAAGAGCCGAGAAAAAGUUCGAAGAGGAGAUAUCUAGAUGUGAUCUGAAGCUGUCGGAGAUCAGGAAGAGGGUGGGAGGGAGUAGGAGACUAAAUGGCUUGGUGGGACAUGUGGCUGAUCUGGAGAAAUGGGAAGAAGCAAGACUGAAGAGAAGGUUAGCAAUGCCAGUGGCAUCAACCAAAUCUUCGACAGAGGAGUCCGAGGGGGAAACAAAAGUGGAGAUGACGACGGAGGAUGACACACCGAUAUUGGAUGCGUACAAAUACUCACCGGCACAGAUCGUCGAUGGCCGUCAUGCUCUUUUGCUUUCAAAUCGAUUAGCUCUGUUGAAACUCCGUCAAACGGCAUUGAAAUCUCGUCGAUGUCGUCUGGGCCCAGACCAAGCCGCAUUCUGUCCAGAAGCAUUCUUGGCUGUUGUAGCGGAUAAAUUGGCAUAUACCAGCACGAUGUUUAUCAACAUUGAGUUAUUAGAACAGUUCUUCUACCAGUUUCCUAGAGAGAUAGAUUCGAGGAUAUUGUAUGAUUUGAACCGUGAACAAAUCGCCAAAUUUGCUCGUGAGAAUCCAAAGAUUCGCCAUCAUCUAGACUUACAAGAACGUAAAGAUAAACUCGAGCAGGUAUUGCGGUCAUUACAAAGCCUUGUGAACUUGCAAAAUGACCAACAACCAAGGGGAAGGAGAGAAGCGGGAUUGUUCACUAAAUUCUUUUGAGCCAGGUUUUAAGCUGUUGUAACCAGUAAUUGUCAUACGCCGCUCCGCUCGUCAAUAAAUACAUGUAUCUACCCUAUCUGUUG